AUGGUUGGGGCAGCCGAUCCGCCAAGCACCAUCGGCGAGUGUUCAGAAAGAUGUUUCAAGCUCUUCUCGCAAGGCCCUAACACAGUGUCUUUGUUACCACACGACAAUGCCAGCCGUGUCAAGGCCAGCUUCGAGGACGAGUUUGCUCGGUUCAAGCUCUGGGCCUCCAACAUUGGCGUCUUUGCAGAAGUCCAUGCAUCGCUGGAUUUCCGAGUUAGAGAACUCCCCGAGGUAAAAGAGCUGUUCCUGAGACAGCUUGACACGAUUGAAUGUCGACUCGAAGACCAGGCUGUUGGGGGAGCAGAGCAAUCUUCCAGCCCUGUCGCCACUCCUGAGGCCGAAGAUGCAAAUGCCUCGUUUGAGAAAUGGGAUGUGAAGGAAACGCUUGAAUCAAUCCACGAGAGCGUUGAUUGGUUACACAGGCUCUCGAAUUGGGUUAGAAAAGCCAGCUUUGUCAACCAAAACAGACGAGCUAAAGUCUUCCUUUUGAGGGAUUCCAAGGGAAACGAGUCCCAAGAGCUGACAGAUGAGAUGACCACUGGACUAAGGAAUGUCUACAAGUACUUUGUCAAACAUAACACCGAGGAUCUUGAUGAGAACCUGAGGGACAGGCUAAUCGAGACAAUGAUUACACGCCAUAUACGAAUCCUGUAUAGGAGAUCACGCCAGAUGAGCUGGGCCAUAUCAAAAGUGCACUAUGCAGCCAGGAAAGUGGACACACCUACCAACUCCCAGAAUCCAAUCACUUCAGAACAGACAUCAAUCAUACAGCAGCGGCAGCCAAAACCUUUGAAGGUUACGCCCAGACCGAUGAUCGAACGGAUCACAACACCCCCGGAGAAUCCUCGGCCGGCAACCACAGUUAACGUGGAUAUUUACGGCACUCUUUCUCGUGCGACUUCUGCCCCCUGGAGAAACGAGGACGGCAUGCCAUUUCCAUUACCUCCAAGGGCAGCUAGCAUGGGAGAAGACUUCGUGUGCCCUUAUUGCUGUUUAAUUCUUCCGAGCCGCGAAGCCUUGAAUCAUAUGACGUGGGCGGCACAUGUCAAGAAAGACCUGGACGCAUAUUUUUGCGUAUUCAAAGAAUGCGACAGCCCCUAUGAAAUUUACUCCUCCAGCAAGGAAUGGCUGUCGCAUAUGAGCACUCGACAUCGGAUGAGAUGGCAGUGCUUUGCUACAGGCCAUGAGCCAUUGUUAUGCAAAACAUCCGAAGAUUUCGAGACCCAUAUGAGGACCGUCCACGCUGGUAGCUUCUCAGACAAGCAGCUACCUUUCAUUCUGGAAAUCAGUGCUCAACCAAUCACUCCUACCCUUGAGCACUGUCCAUUUUGUUCCAUAUCAGACGGAGAUAUUGAGGGCCAUGUUAGUGGGCAUUUGCGAGAGUUCGCAUUGCGCUCUUUACCG